AUGUCCAAAUUCGAUAAGAGCGUCUGUGACUGGAUAUCCUCCGCCUCUAUUGAUCUCCAGAGCAAACAUGAGAUUCUUGCGAAUGUCAUCAACACCAUCGACAGGUACAAGGAGAUGGAAGAGGCGGCAAAGGUCAAGAAGCCGCCCAUCUCCGGAAGGCCGACUGCUUGGCGUAAGCGGCAACCACGGGAGCAGAAGGAUGCAUCGGCGAUUGACUACAAGUUUUCUGAGGAAGUGAAUGAGGCCAUCUACCAACUUGACCACCCAGAAAUCUCUCCAGUUCCACCAACUGUGACGCAGGAGCAGGGUAAUGAGCAGGCGAACGAGAAGGAGAAUGCGAAUGCGAUUGAAGAGAAUGCGAAUGUGAUUGAGGAGAAUGCGAAUGAUAAUGAAGAGAAUGCGAAUGUGGUUGAGGAGAGUGAGCGCGAGAAUGAGGAGAAUGAGCAUGUGAGUGCGACUGAGGAGAAUGUAAAUGCGAUUGAGGAGAAUGCGAAUGAGAAUGAGGAGAAUGCGAAUGAGAAUGAGGAGAAUGCGAACGUGAUUGAGGAGACUGAGCGUGAGAAUGAGGAGAAUGAGCAU